AUGUACAAACAAAAAAAUAAGUACGUCAAAGUUACCUCACCUUACCUAUAUAUAAUAAUAGAUGUUAUAUAAAUAGAAACAAGUUACAUUAUUUAUACUACGAUAUGAUAUACACUAAACAGCAAUGGUACACGCCGGCUGAGGUGGCAGUCCACAACGUUGCGUCAGAUUGUUGGGUUUCGUUGAAUGGGAAAGUUUAUAACUUGACGCCCUGGCUCGAAAAUCAAUUUCGAAAUUGUAUGUGUCCCAAGUCAUGUUCCUGUUCUGUCAAAAAUUGGUUUUGUAAUAAUUGCGUGGAGUAUUGUCCCUGUUUUAAGCAGGGCUAUUUCUUUUGCGAUGGAAAGCGGUUGGCUAUGACCAUUUUGGCGUAUGCAGGUAAAGACUUGAGUCAUUGGUUUAAAAACGGGGAAUGGGUAAAUUACAUCCAUCCAGUGACGGGCUCUGAAGUGACUCACCGUACACACGGGCAUACUUUCCGUCAGCCUGUAGUACCUUCCACAAGAUGGCGGCCUUUGGAAGAACCUUGGUGGGACGGGGACAAAUAUGUGGUGGGUAAAGCUACAUCCAAAACUAGACCUAUCAGGAUAACGAAUACGUUAACAGGUUCAACAGUAACCCUUGAAGUAUGCUCUGAAGAAACGAUUUAUGAGAUCAUGAUGAGAUAUUUGCCGCAUAACAGUCAUUUACUGUCAUACACUUGGCGGUACAUGGGCAGAGGGCUCUGCCUUAAUAAAAACUUAGAAGAGAACGGCAUACCAGAUGAAAGGGAUAGAUUUAGCGACGUAGCUCUGCCAGAGAAUAUUCACAUACCUGCCAUUUUAAUUUAUUAUAACGACGACUUGACUGAAGAUCCUCCGAGAGACGAGUGCUUCUGUACCGAACCCAGUUGUGUUCUAAAAAGACCAGAGAGAUGUUUCAAGGCCUGAUCUCAGUCACAUUACAAAGACGAACAGAAUGGUUUUAUUAUUUCCUAUAUUAUUUACAAGUUUCUUAUAAAUACAAAUUAUAAUGUGCGUACCUUAA